AUGCCGUCGGAAGUGAUUUCGGGGAAGUCCCUGCAGAGGGAGCUGGCUGAUUCCAUUAUUCGCAUGGUGCCACUGGACGAAAUAAGGAUUCUUUUGGCUUGCGGUGCCAAGGUGAACGAGCCGGUGACGCAGGGCCUGAGGCCACUGCACUACGCCAUCUGGCAGCGGCACCUGGAGGCCACGCGGCUGCUGCUGGUGCGCGGCUGCGACGUGAACGCGCGCGACGACUGCGGCUACUCCGCGCUGCACCUCGCCUCAGAACACGGCUACCCGGAGCUAGUGAGGCUGUUGCUGCAGAGCGGCGCGGCGGUGGACUACCGAGAGGACACCGGUGAGCAGUUCCCCCGGACAACUCUCUGCGAUGAGCCCCUACGUCUCGCCAUCAGGAACAAACACUAUGAGGUCGCCAAACUCUUGCUAGAGCAUGGGGCAGACCCCAACAAGCGGUAUUUCUUCGGUGCCGAAAUUAACCUGGUGUCAGAUCCGGAGUAUUUGGAAUUGCUCCUAAUUUUUGGAGCCAAUCCUGACUCGAGAGAUCGUGCUGGGCUGACACCCCUCAUGAAGGCUGCUAGACAGAAAAGAGGUAUUGAAGCGGUGCUGCUGUUGAUCAGCUACGGUGCUGAUGUUAAUGCAAUGGCUGACGCGAGGAAUGACUACAGGACAGUCAUGCACUACGCGGUACUAAGCGGCAACCCGGACAUGGUGAACCUACUGAUCAAGCAGGGCGGCCGCGUCAACUACGAGGGCCCGGAUCUGAACAAGCCCAGCGCCCUAGACCUGGCAAUACUCAAGGGCGACGUGGCGAUGGUGCAGAUGCUGAUGGCUGCAGGAGCUCAAGUGAACGCGUCCAGUUCUGUAAUCGGUUCUCCCCUCCACGUGGCCUGUUCGGACAACAUAGACAAUAGGAAGGAAAUCGUAAAACUUCUGCUCGAGAGCGGCGCCGACCCUAACCUGAAGGUCCUGAAUGAGGAAGAUGGUGCUCAACUACGGCCACCGCUGGCCGAGUACCUGGCCAGCAACGUGCAGCCCAGCUCCGACAUCGUCUUUUUACUACUGCGCUACGGUGCCAGGGUAAUCAUGAAAACGCAAUUCCGCGAUCCCGACGGCAUCCUCAACCAUCUGCAGAACGUUACCGCUGAGGAGUACCAGCACAUCUUCUACCUCCUUCUAGAAGCGGCCGAAGCCUUCGAUCUGUGCAUGAUAAAACGGAACUCGACUCUCACAGCCAUACAAAAACAGACCUUAAUCGACCGCGCUAAGAACCCAAUUACCUUGCUCGCCCAAACGAGAAUAUUCUUUCGCAAAUAUUUCGGCACCGACCUAGUGAACAUUGUUGAAAAACUGGAGAUUCCUACAACGCUCCAUCGCUACCUUCUUUUUGAAUGCCGU